AUGAAGAAAGAUCAUUCUGAGAAGUUUAAAAUAGUUGAGAAAGUGUUCAAGUAUCUACAAGAAAUAUAUGAGAAUAUUAAUAAGCUUGAGAAUGCAAAGACAGAAUAUCAACAUUUAAUAAUGAGAAAUAAAGAUGAAUAUCACAUAUUUGUGAUUAAAUUCUUGCACCUGACUAGUGAAGCUGAGAUUCAUAAGAAAGAUUAUAAACAACUUGCAUCAAUUACAGCAUCUUUCAAAAGAUUCAAGAUAUCUGCAUCUAGACUACUCACUAUAUUAAGAGCAUGUCAGGUCAUUACAACUGAAGAUUACUCAGUCAUGAAGAAACUUUAA